AUGGCUUUUGCCGAUGCCACCAUUCGGAUUGGUUUCCUGAGCGGCGCAGUAUUCCAAAUGUAUUUUGUUGCGAUCCCUGUAAAACAGUGCUCUGUAAGAGAUCAGAAAACACAAGCAGCAGCUUCCACCACCGCCCCUGCUGCCACUCCCAAAACAGCGAGAGAGGCAGUCGAGCAGGGCCAGCAGAGCUUCGACAGGAAGGACUAUGCGGAAGCACUGCGGCUGUUCAAGGCUGCCCUGGAGCUGAGGCCCAAUGGGGAUGAGGCGCGCGCGGCGUUGUACAACAAGGCCUGUGCGCAUGCGCGGCUCAAAAAAUGGCAGGAGGCUGCCGACGACGUGGUCCGUGCUGUCAACGAGUACGGCCUCAGGCUGGAGGUGGCUGUGAAGGAUCCGGACUUGAGGGCGCUGCGGGAGAGGAGGGAGUGGCUGGAUGCCCUGGAGAAGGCCAAAGGGGGAGUCUCCAAUCGCGCGCUGAUUGGCGCUCGUGCAGAGGCCAAGGCGCCGUUCCGACUGGCGCGCCUGUUCAUCUUUGGCGGCCUGGGGGCCGGCGCCGCUCUCGGCCUCGUCGUCAUUGCUGGCCGCCUCAUUGCGGCCUUGAAAGGGGGAGAGGGAGCGCCGGAGUUGACAGAGUCGCUACUGAACUUCACGAUCAACGCAGCGGCGCUGGCCGGGUUCUCGUGGCUGUUCUCGCGCGACUACCAGUCUGCGGAGAAGGACCGGCGCAUGGUCGACCGGGAAGAGGCGCUCGGCCGUCUCCUGGUGCAGGUGGGGGCCGACAGGGAGGUUCCCCUGGCAAGCUUCAGGGGCGCAGCUCGGCCGGUGCUGCUUGCCGGCAGCUCCGGCUACAUCAGCCGUGCGCUCAAGGCGUCAGAGCUGCACCAAACCGAGCUGCGCCUGCGAGGCAUCUCCGUCAUCCCUCUGGUGCUCAGCUCCAAGGACCCCGGCGAGAAGCUGCGCGCCCUCAAAGCCGAGUUCAGGAAGGAGGGCGGGGAGAAGGGCAAGGGGUUUGGCAAGGCCGAGCCGGCAGCGCCAGCCAGCACCAGCGGCCAGCAGAAGGUGGUGCUGAAGCAAGACAAGAAGUGGGAGCUGAGGCCGACGGCCACCAAUGAGUGGGAGGCCUGGGUCCAGGAACAGCGAGAGGCUGCCAGCAUAAAGGGAGACGACGACUUCUAUGCGCAGAUUCAGCUGGAUGGAUCCGUGCGGAGGAGUGGGCUGGGCAUACCACCAUGGGACAGGUGGCUGGAUGACAUCCCAGAGCUGGACAGCCUCCAGACAAAACUCACUGACGGCAUUGGCAUAUCCGGAUGA